AUGUCUACUGAAAACAAAAAAGCGCUAGUGUUAAUAGCAGACGGAACCGAAGAAAUGGAAGCGGUCAUUUCAAUUGAUGUGCUUCGACGCGCCUCAAUUGAAGUGACAGUUGCGGGUGUCGCACUCAAAGAACAAAAAUUUGCCACGUGUAGUCGUGGUGUAAAAAUUAUUCCAGAUAUUUCUUUUGAUAAUCUUUGGCCUACAGUAUCACAUGAUUCUUUUGACGUAAUUAUUGUUCCCGGUGGUUUGGGAGGAGCGAAAACUAUUUCGUCAGACGAAAACGUUCAAAAGUUAUUGGCGAAUGCUCAUCAGUCUAAGAAAAUUGUUGCGGCGAUUUGUGCUGGUCCAAUCUCCGUCAAGCUCGCAAAAAUCAACAAAGGUGGUAAAAUCACCUGUCACCCUGUA